AUGGCCUUUGAGACGAUCCGGAGGGGCCGUAGAAAGCUCAUCACCUUCCUCCAAAGAGCACCUGAUCUCAUCUUGGAUGAUACAGCCGCCCAGGGCUUUGUUUCCGAGGCUGAUUAUGAAGCUUUGGAUAAGCUUCUGGACCCUUGGGAGAAGAUGCGCAAGCUCUUGGUCAAGGUCCAGAUCAAGGGGGAACAGACGUGCCAUCAGUUCCUAGAAGGCAUCAGGAGCCUCUUUCCAGACCUGCCUCCAGAUCUGUGGCCUCCAGGAGCCGACAGAGAAUUAGAAAAUGUAUCUGGUUGGCAAGAACCUGGUCAGAAAGCGAUGGAGACAGAAAUUUUUGACGAAGGAGUUAAGAGCUUUCUGAUGAAGUUGGGUCUCCACAAGCGAUGCAGGAAACUCACCAUGGGAGAAAUCUUGGAAAUCAGCUCAGAAAGCCUCACAACUGUGGCUCCUCGGACACUGGAAGAUUUACCUCGGCACUUCUUGAGAAGACUGAUGGCUCUCAGUGGGACAGCCAGAAAUACAGGCCUCGUACACCAGAAUGAGGAAGAGUCAAAUGAGGAGGUUGAUAUGGAUGAUGAGGGGUUCUUUCUGGGGGGAAUGGACUCCGAAGUUUCUGUAAACCCCCUCGGUUGUGCUGUUCUGUUUUCUUCAGAUCAUUUCCUCCAGCAGCAGAUACUCCUCAAAAUGUCCAUGUGCCAGUUUGCCCUCCCUUUGAUCUUGCCACCUCCCAAGCGCACCUUUAUGCUCUGGGCUCUAAGGGACAUUGUGAGGAAAUGGAGGCCUCACUGCCUGGUGGAGCAGAGAGGCUUUAGAGAGGAGAGCCUGGUGCGAACAUCCAUGCCAACCAUUUCUUUUGUGCGGAUGGGCAGAUCUGGCCUCUCCAAAUCCAGGCUUCUCAAUGAGGUCUUCAGCUCCCCUCAGCAGCAUCAUGACUUCUUUAUACACAGGGAUAUGGAGUGCGGGAGUGCCCCACGAGAGAUCAGCGAUGGGGUGGUAGAAAUCUCCUGGUAUUUUCCUGGGGGGAGGGAGAAUUCAGAUCUUUUCCCAGAGCCUGUGGCCGUUACAAAUCUCCGUGGGGACAUUGAGUCACACUGGCUGGAAUUCAGCUUUUUAACAGAGGUCUCAUCAGCAGUGUUCAUCGUUACGGAGGACAUGUCUGACAAGCAAUAUGACCUGCUAGCCACUCUCCAAAGCUCGUCGUCUAAGUACUAUUUUAUCUUGAAUGCGGAUGGUGAGAAAUCAAAGGAAACCCGUAGGUUCCUGUGCAAACUCGCUCCACUGCUGAGCAUGACCAAAUCACAAAUACUGGUGAAAGAAAAGAAUAAAAACACCGCAGAAUUUGUGAAGAAAUUUCGGUCAACCAUAAAGAACAUUGUUCACGCUCCUCAAAAGGUGAUCAGUAUUGAAGAAAUGGCAAAGGUCAGCCAAGAAUUGGGAAUCCAGACUGAUGAAGACACAAAGGUCUGUCAGAAUGGCACUUUGCACGCCAAUGAGAUUAUUGAAGAAAUAGAAGAUGUUGUGGGCUACAAGAAGGAGAUGCUGAAACUUCAGGGGGACUUGUGGCGAAACCUGGCCAAAGUGGAGAAAGAAUUGUGCCGGAUGAAAAGGCAAGCUGAUACUCCAGUUGAAGAUUACAAGGCCCAGCUGAGAAAAAAACUGAUAGGCUUACGUUCACAGCAGAAUCAAUGUGACCUCACUAACGGAAUAACAAAAUUUAUUAACGGGAUACAACAGCUUCACCCAGUGGAGAAAUGUUAUUUCCUGAAAUGGUUAAAAUUCAACCUGGAUAACACUGCUAGGGCAAACUUGUCAAAAUUAAGAGAGGAGUAUAAAGAACUUUAUCACACUGCUGGAAGCGAUCCACAACAGCUGGCACAGCUGGAUGACUUAAUUUCCACCAGUUCCUUAGGCGUGGAACACUUCAUGCGUGAGCUGGGGCAGUUUUAUGAAGCAGAGUACAUGAUGGUGAAGGAAGGUAAGAUAACGGAGAAUGGUAGGCAAUUUGUACAUUUACCAGGCAUAGCUGCUGACCUGAUGCUGGAAGGGUUUCCAAUGGAGCUGAUUGAUGGAGAUGCCUCUAACAUCCCUAUGCAAUGGAUAACUGAUGUUUUGACUGCACUUCAUGCCAAAGUAGGGGGCAAGUCCAGGAUGAAGGUUCUAACAGUUCUGGGUGUCCAAAGCACCGGCAAAUCCACUCUUCUCAAUACUAUGUUUGGGCUACAGUUUGCAGUUAGCAGUGGCCGAUGUACCCGAGGGGCAUUCAUGACACUUCUAAGAGUCUCAGAGAACUUCCAGAAAGAGCUCAGUUGCAAUUUCAUCUUGGUGAUAGACACAGAAGGAUUGAAAGCCCCUGAGCUGGCCAAACUGGAGGACAGCUAUGAACAUGACAAUGAGUUGGCCACCCUGGUGAUUGGACUGAGUGACAUAACUCUUGUGAACCUGGCCAUGGAGAACGCCACCGAGAUGAAGGACAUCCUGCAGAUUGUAGUCCAUGCCUUUCUGCGGAUGGAGGAAACGGGGCACAAACCCAACUGCCAGUUUGUCCACCAGAACGUCAGUGAUGUUUCUGCCCAUGAUCAAAACAUGAGGGACAGGAAACGCCUCUUGGAGCAGUUCAAUGAAAUGACCAGAGUGGCAGCGAGAAUGGAGAAGCAAUUCAGGGAAGUUUCCUUUUCAGAUAUUAUGGACUACAAUCCAGAAAAACACAACUGGUACAUCCCUGGUUUGUGGCACGGUGUCCCGCCCAUGGCUCCAGUAAACAUGGGAUACAGCGAGGGUGUGUCAGAUUUGAAAAGGUCCCUGUUUGAAUUUAUGAGGACCUGCUCCCGAAACAGACAUUCCAAAGACAUCCCCCAGUUUGUUGAAUGGGUGAGAAGCCUGUGGAACGCUGUAAAACAUGAAAAUUUUAUCUUCAGUUUCCGCAACAGCCUUGUAGCUGAUGCUUACAACCAACUCUCAGCAAAGUAUUCAGAAUGGGAAUGGGAUUUCCAGAAGGAGAUGCAUCUGUGGGUGUCCAAGGCUGAUACCGCAAUUCAGAAUCAAUCCCUAGAAGUUAUAGAGUCUGGUGCGUUAGAUAAAUUGAGGCUUGAAGCGGAUCAGAAAUUGCGCGAUGGCCAGCAAAAGAUAUUACAGUGCAUACAGAGCUAUUUUGAGAGCGACAGAGAGAGCCUGCAUCUCAUAGAAAAGUACAGGGAAGAUUUUAUCAGAAGUGCAAAAGGUCUCCGGGAUCAGCUGGAAAGCUACUGCAUGAACAAAUGUCAGCAGGCCAUCCUCAUACGCAAGGGGAAAAGUAAGAUAGACAGUCUUCAGGCUAAGUACGUGAAAACCAUGGAAGGGAAGGUCAGCAGACUCCUGGAAGAGUGUAAAAGGAAGAAGUGCAAGCUGAAUGUUUCGGAAUUGAAGGGGGAAUUUGAGAAAAUGUGGGAGGAAAGCGUACUGGAGUUGCCAGCUAGUAACUUAACUCGGCGUAAUAUUUAUGCAGAUUUCCACCUUCAGCUCCAAAAAGAUCUUGAAGUACGUGGCGGCUUGGCCAACCAACUCUUCCAGAAGUUACCCUGCUUUACUGCCCGUUCCAGGCGUCCUUUCAUUGUGAAAGAUUAUCAUCUAAAAAAAUCAGUCAUGAGAACCUUAACCCAAGGUCUAUUAUUCAAGGAUUAUAUACAAGAACUAGAGGAAUACACCAGAUCCUUGAUUUGCAUAUGUGAGAGCUACGUCACAGAGAAAGUCAGCACAAAAGGAGACUACGAUGAAACAUAUUGCCGUGAGUUGCUGAGACUGAUCAACGAACAGCUUCGAGGAAAACAUUUUCAAAAGCUUCACACUACUAUUUAUUUCCAUGUGGAUCUGAAAUAUUUCAUUCUGGGAGACGCGGCUAACGCUUUCCAGGAGAUGCAUAUCAAAUUCUUCGAGGCGAACAACCCUCACCGAUGUCUAGAAAAACUCAAACUGCAGUAUUUUUCCACCUUCAACGACCUUUACUAUGAGAAGGAUGCUUGCCAGAAGAGAGCCAAGGAUUUCUGUGAUCUGUGUCUAAAACCAGCUCUCGUGGACCACCUCCACAAGAGACUUGGGCUAGAAAUAGUAGAUGAUCUCCUAAGCAGUGGGCAAUCCCUCCAGUAUGGAAGUAGGAGCUUCUUUCAAUUCACAGUGCAGAAGACAUUGCUAGAAGAGGAAAAAUUUGAGGACUACGUCAAGUAUAUAAUCAGAUAUGAGAAGUUUGUGAAAUCUUGGAUAGAGGCACACCUGUUAGACCAUUACAGAGAGAGAGACGAGUUAGCAGUCUUGGAGCGAGCGAUCCUGUCUGCUGUAAUGAGGAAAGCAAAAGAGGUUCUGGAGAGGUAUGAGAAAGAAACUGGGACUUUGGCUGAAUUCCUGAAGCAUUUUUACCAGGAUAUGAGUGAAGAGCUUGUCAUUUCGAAAGACAGUCUGGAUGUCAUCCUCUUCAACAACACUGCCAGCGCUGGAUCCUUCUCGGCCGAGGUACAGACCUGCAUCCCCACGGUGAUAGAGGACAUCCUUUCAGAUAAUUUUAAGAUGAGUGUCGAAGCGAUACUUUCAAACCUUCCGUUCAAGCCCCAGGACGAAAUCUUCAAGCGUGUGUUUGGCUGUGGGAAGCAGUGCCCUUUCUGUAAAGUCCCCUGCGAAGCUGGAGGCGUCAGCCACCAAGAACACUUCGCAUCAGUCCAUCGCCCUAAAGGGUUAGGGCGGUGUCGUGAACACAGUACAGGAAAACUUAGUUAUGCCUUAUGUUCCUCUAGAGUUGGUUCGAACGGGCAGUUUAGCAAUACGGACACGGCUGGGGAAUGGCAUCCUUAUAAACAGUAUCGCCAGUACUAUCCUGACUGGCGCAUCCAGCCCGAUGCUAGCAUCAUAGCCUCCGAUUACUGGAAGUUUGUAUUCAAAAAAUUCAAUCAACAGUUUGCUGAGGAGUACCAUGCCCUCCCUGCGGAUCUCCCCGAGGACUGGGAAAGAUUAACCAAACAGCAGGCCUUGGAAAGCAUCCAGGAAGCCUUUAAUAUGAAAGAACCAAAGUCACCCUUUCCCGCUUGA